UUAAUUUAUUUUAAAGCAAAAAAAGAUGGAAACAUACCUAGAUUUUAGUACUGCAUGUCCUCAAAUGUCUACUGGUUCCUUGCUCCUCUUUACUCAUUAUAAACUGGCAUGCUUAGUCUGUUCAUAACUGUGGAUAGGUUUGCUAAAUGCAAUGGCCAGUACCUGAGAUAUACUGCUGACAUUUUUGUUUUAAGUCCCUAUGGUAUGCACAGGACAUGUUAUGUAGUAUGUUGUUAUCCUAAUUAGUAUAAAUAAAACUUACCUUAAGUUACACUGCUUAGUAGGGCUUAAGUGCCAUCCUUAUUUGUAGUAUUUGUUGAGUUGUAAUAAUAGCAUCCUCACACUGCUUGUUAUUUCUGAUGAUUUUUGUUAUGAUGAUUAACUUUCCAAUAAGAUCAGAAGCAUUUUUUUUUUUUUUUUUUUUUUUUUUUUUUGCUCAUACUAAUCUGUCAUCAAGAGCAUAGAGCAUUUGCUUCUCUGACUCAGAGUACCAGAGAAAAAAGAUUGUUUUUUCCUCUGUGUAGGACAUUCUCAAACUUCCUGACAGAGGGAAAAUAUGAACAUGUGGAUGGUACCCCUGACUUCUGCUUAGAAGACUGUACAUCACUGGCAUUCACAGUGUGGAGGGAGCCCGAUAGCAAAGGGAGGCUCCAGGUUGGCUCAUGUGAAUGUUGUGAUUCUUCAGUAUUUUAUCCUGAUAAAGCCAUGGCAAGUCAGGGUUAUGAUAGUUGAAGUGUUGACCUUUUCCCCAUAACUUCUUUAUUGAAGCCUAUAUCCAGAGCCACAUGCCAACUGGAUGUGAAGAUAGGGCUUAUAGCAAGUAAUUAGCAUUAAAUGAGGUAGUAUGUGUGGGGUGCUAACACUGUGUAGCUGAUCUUCCUCAUCCAAAAGAGGAGGAAAAGCUGAGUGUUAGCACAGUGUAAGAGCAUUUAUCUACCAUGCCUAAAGCCACAACCUGAGCCUCAGAGUUGAAGACAUGAAAACAAGAAGAAGGGAGAAUUAACUUGUUCUUCCAUGGAAAGACAUUCUGAUUAGGCUGUCACUUGGAUGUCAAGAAGGGAGACUUUAUCAGGAACUGAGCCACCUGCAACCUUGACUAUUUAUUAACUUACACAACUGUAUCAAAAUUUCACUUUCACCCAUUCUGUAUAAGUUUUUAUUGCAACCCAUGGUAACUAAUACAGGGGGAAGCAUUGGAUUUGGAAGAAGAGGAAUAAAACCUAUACUGCUCUGUUGCUAUUUGUGUGUUCAUUUCUUUAGAAUUUAUUUUUUUUGUGGAGAUCAGAGGACCACUUUUGAGAGUUGGUUCUCCUUCCACCAUAUGGGAUCUUGGGAUUGAACUCAGAUCAUCAGACUUCCUGAUAGUCAUCUUUACCCUCUGGUCUAUCUUGCCACUGUGUAAGGUUUUUUUUUUUUUUUUAACAACCUUGAAAUCAACUGUUUAACAUCUAAGAAGAAAUUUACUGGCCUAAGAAAAAUUAUUGAUACUAUGUUGUAGACUUUGUCCAUUUAUUUGCUGUAUAUUUGUGAUGUAUAAUUUUAUGUUCAUUAAUGUAAUUUUUGUUGCUGCAGUAGGUACCUUUAAUUUGGUAUUGUGUUAUUUUGUCUGGACAUGUUCUUAUGUGUGAACAUUUUCUGGGAUGGCUAAUCUUGCUUGUCAACUUGACAUAACUGGGAAGAGGCAACUUCAGUUGAGCCAUUGCCUCUAUUAGAUUGACCUGUGGUCAUGUUUGUCAGAAUUUGCUUGAUUGCUGAUUGAUGUAGGAGUCCCAGAUCACUGUGGGUGGUGCUAUUGUGGGCAUGUAGGCUUGGCUGUAUAAGAAAGGCAACUGACUAAGCUAGAGAGAGAGCCAGUAAGUAGCAUUUCUCUGUUGUUUCUGUUUCAGUUGCUGCCUACUGGUUCCUAUUUGAGUUCUUGACUUAGUUCUCCUUGAUGAUGGACAAUAUCUAACCUGAAAGGGGUUGGUGUCAUUUGAGGAUAUAGCUGUGGAAUUCACCUGGCAGGAAUGGCAGGACCUGAAUGAAGGUCAGAGAACUCUCUACAGGGAUGUGAUGCUGGAGAACUACAGCAACUUGCUGUUCUUGGGGCACUGCAAGACCAAACCUGAGCUGAUCUUCAAUUUGGAGCAAAAACUUGGGUCAUGGAUUGUAGAAGCCUCACACCAGAGCAUCCCAGAUUUCCAGAAAAUGAAUACCCUGAGCAAGACCAGUCCAGAAACCAAAGCAAGACAUGUGUGGCACAUUGCCCUCAACAGUGAUACAUCAAAGGAAUUGGCUGGAAUAGGGAAUACAUGCAAUGUGAGCACAAGCCACAUUUCAAAUCAGAGUAUAAAGAAUGAGAACUCACUAGGAAUGAGUCCUAGAAAGUUUAUUCUGUGGAAGGAUGUGUAUCUCCAUACUGAUGAGAUAGAAGUUGGAGAAGAACCUGUUGAUCUUAAUGGAACUCUAAAAUCUGCCAAACAUCCAGAGCAUGUUAGUCUAUACAAGUUUCAAAGUUCACAAAAUUACUUUCAAGGUCUUAUACCAAGGAAAUCCUUCAAUACAAAAGCAGUAUUUCUUACUCAUAAGUUCAAUGAAUAUGCAAAAUCCUUAGACGACACAGCAUUUCUUGACAAAGAGAUGGCUCAGAUAAGGGUGAAAUCUUUUGAGUGUAAUGUAUCCGAGAUAAAGUGUAAUGAGUCUGACCUUAAUGAAAAUGAACCAGUGCAUGUGGGAGAGAAACAUUACAGAUGUAGUGACUUUGAGAACCCUUUUAUUAUUGAAUCAUACCUUCCAAAACAUAAGGCACAACAUGAAAAGCUCUUUGUCCAGAAGGAAUAUGCGUUUUCCCAGCAGUCAGAAGUGAGUCUUCAUCAGAAAAUCCGCAGAGGGAAAAAGACCUAUGAAUGUAAAAUAUGUGGCAAGUGCUUUUAUUGGAAAACAAGCUUCAAUAGACAUCAGAGCACUCACACUGGUGAGAAGCCCUAUGAAUGUACAGAAUGUAGUAAAGCUUUCUGCCAAAAGUCACACCUCACUCAGCAUCAGAGAGUUCAUACAGGUGAGAGACCAUACAUAUGUUUUGAAUGCAGGAAGGCUUUCUAUCGUAAAUCAGAGCUUACUGACCAUCAGAGGAUUCAUACAGGUGAGAAGCCAUAUGAAUGUAAGGAAUGUGGGAAGGCUUUUUGCCAAAAGCCCCAACUUACUCUACAUCAGAGAAUUCAUACAGGUGAGAAGCCCUAUGAGUGUGCGGAAUGUGGGAAAGCCUUCUCCACCAAGUCCUAUUUAACUGUACAUCAGAGAACUCACACAGGUGAGAAACCUUAUGAAUGUACAGUAUGUAGGAAGUCAUUUAUCUGUAAGUCAAGUUUCAGUCACCAUUGGAGAACUCAUACAGGUGAAAAACCUUAUGAAUGUAAGCAGUGUAUGAAGACCUUCUACCGUAAGUCAGGCCUGACUCGACAUCAGAGAACUCACACAGGUGACAAACGCUAUGAAUGUCAAUUAUGUCAGAAAGCUUUUUACUGCACUUCACACCUCAUUGUACAUCAGCGAACUCAUACAGGUGAGAAACCUUAUGAAUGUAAGGAAUGUAGGAAAGCUUUCUAUGAUAAAUCAAACCUUAAACGGCAUCAGAAGAUUCAUACUAUGAAGAAAGCCUCUGAAUGCAAACAAUCUAACAAAUUUUUUCUGAGUGAUACUUCUCAACAUCAGACAAUGUAUUAUGAAUAUGAAGAAUGCAAGAAAGCUUUCCACCAGAAAACAAACUUUACUUAAACAUCCAACACUCUUCUUACAGGUAAGGAAACCCUGUGAUUGGAAAACACUUAGCCGAAAGUCAGAUUACUGUACAUUGGACCACUUAUACAAGGGAUUAAACCAAAUGAAUAAACAAUGAAUUCUUGUUUGUUUAUCAAAGAACUCACAAUUGACUAUGGCAAAUAAUGUAGCCAGGUACAUUAACCCAACAUAAGACAGAUGUUUAUGGUGGAGGACCACUUGCACUCAGUCACUAGAGGAUGACACCAUGACUUAAGAGAAAAUAGGGCAAAGUUUUCUACUUGAGGUUCUCCUGACAUGCUACCAGAACCCAGUGGUGUGAAACCAGUGAAAGUGAGGAAUGCCCCAAACUCUGAAUGGAAUUUGGAACUCAUUGCUGGGUGUUUUGGGACAUGCCUGUAAUCUCAAUACUUGGCAGGUUGAAGGAAGAGAAUAAGGAGUUUUGUAGUCUAACCUCUGCUACAAAGCAAUUUCUAACCCAGCCUGGGUUACAUGAGGACUUUAAAAAGAUGGCAAUUAAUCAAAAUACAAGAAUCUGAGAAUCUCAACUUCACAAACCAUGUAAAGGGAACAAAGGACAAUAUAAUUUGGGGUAGAUGUUGCUAUACCUCACUUCCAUUUGAAUCAAAGAUGCUAUAGGAACCCUAUUCGUGUAAGUUUUGUAGAAACUUGUGGAACUUUGUGGAAAUUACAUGUGAUCAUCAGUCAUGAAAUGAGUCCACUUGAAUUUAGACAGUUAGGGCUAUGGAUAUAGCUCAGUGACAGAGUGUUUGGCUGCUAUUAUUGUAACCUGUCUUUCACAUAAAUGACAUCUAUUAUCACCUUAAAGGCUCUAUUUGCCUGUGCAUGCACUCCACAGCACUUCUAUCAGGCUCAGAGGACAGACCUCACAGUUAGUUCUCUUCUACCUGCUGGGUUCUUAGUACCAAACUCAGGUCAUCAGGCUUGGCAGAAAACAUCUUUACCCUCUGAGCCAUCGCUCCUGUUCCUGUAUUUUAUACUCAACAACUGUUGUAAAUUAAAAGCAGUUCUGGAGGUGUUUUCAGCUGGUCCAGAAUGCUUUACUGAGAAGGACAUUUCUUUUUAUCACUUUUAGUCUCCCUAACUUCAGUUUGGAGAUAAGGUCUUGGUACAAAUGCCCUGGCUGAUAGCAAAGUCCUGCUUAUCUUGCCUUAGCUUUGUGAGUGCUUAGAUUAAAUAUAUGUGUUACUAUGCCCAGCCAUAAAAUUUUAAGGCAUAAACAAAUGAAUGAAAAUUUCUGGAGUUAUUGGAUGCUGUAUUCAUAUUCUAAAUAGCCCAUCACAAAAAAUUGAGCAAAUGAAAGAUUAGAUUUUACAGCUCAGUGAAGGGAUGGCAAAUCUGUUGACAUCAAGAUAAAUGAUGGUAAUGUGAAAUUUCAAAGUUUGCUGGAUCAGAUACCUAUAUCUUGGUCAUCACAGACAAACAGAAGACAGGGGAGCUGGAAAAGAAUGAAAGAGGUGAAAUAAAACAUACUCUCAUUUGGAGUGUAUUAAAAUCCUAAAAUGUAAAAACAUUCUGAUCAUAUUAUUUGGAUGUUAAUUGGAAAUAAUAAAUGCUUUAAAAAUAUUUCAAGUUGUAUUCAGUUGUGUACAAACAAGCAGGAUGCCCAGUCAGCAUAAAUUGACCUCCAAUCUGGGGCAUUUGUGCUUGAUAUAAAUGAAAGUUGAUAGUUAUAAUGAAAUCUCAUGGACAAGCUUGAACACAUUCCAUAAUGUAAGUACAUUCUGUAUUACAUAGUUUUAGAAAUCCAAAUGAAGGCCCUCAGCUUAAGUGUAGAAAUUUUGUUACUUAUGUAAUGUAACAAAUACAUUGAGAGACUAAAGAGGAAGGGUAUAUGGCCUUUUUAAUGUACAUAGUUCUCAUUGCAAUUUCAGACUUACAGUAUUAAAUUACUGUGGUUGUAUUAUUUAACUUGGUAUUGCUGUGGCCAACUGUCUGACAGAACCAAUUUAAGUGUGUAAAUAUUUAUUUUAGGCUGUAAUUCAAAUAGUCAAGUUACUUGACCCCCUUACCAUGGUUAGGUCAUGGUUGGCAAAUGGGUUAGCAAGCACUUUUUAACAUUAAAACAAAUAGGAUACAGCAAAGAAGUGGCUGAAUAAGGUUUACUCUCUAAUGAUAUACAACAGCAACAUAUAGUAAAAACAAAUAUAUCCCCACUCCUCUCAGAAAAGUCAAGCAAAAGGUCUUGAGUUUUAUAUCACCUCUAAAGUAUUGCCACCAUCUGAGAACUAAGCAUCCAAUACACAAGCCUUUGGGGAACAUUUCAGAUUCAAAUCAGUAUAUACAGUUUCAUAUUAGACAACUAACCCAUUAAAUUUUGUUAAAUAUAUCAUGUUCAUAUAGGGUUUUAUGGGUAUUUUUAUAAAACUAUUCAGACUGAAGCUGACAAGCUAUCCAUUGCCCAGAGUGGGUGAUUGCUAAUGCAUUUUCACAGUUUAAUCAACAUAGGACUUCAUAUUCUGUCUAGUAUAAAGUCAUGCUUAAAUGUAGGAGCUGGUACAUAGUUGACAUCUGAAUUAAAGCAUUUUUGGUAAAA